AUGAAAAUCGUAACCAUUCACAAGGGUGAAAUUGCACAGAUUAGUAAGGCCAAUGGAGACCCCCCCGAGGGUUACAAUACGGACAACAUUAAUGGGCAUAUCAGCGGUUGUGAGAAACCCGAGGGGGUUAGCUCCCCAUUGGAGAAAAAGUUCGUCCGUGACCGUGGUGUAAAUCUCCUACGCAGUAAUGAAUCCCACGGGGAAAAGGAGAAUUCGUGUGUUUCUAGUAACACCGGAGGAAGUACCCCCGUGGGUGGUCGUGAAUAUGUCCGUCGUCCACAGAACACCACGGGAUUUGUGCACAUUGGUGAGGGUAACGUCGAAAAGGAGACAAGUCCAACACGAAGGAACAAUCCCUGUUGGGGAAGAGGAACAAACGGAACACCUUCAACAGAGUACCAACGUAGCGAAGACGCCGAAUCACCACCUUGCCGUCAUUCUAACUGUUCAGUGAGAAAAAAUAAUUUUUCUAAUGGUGGUCACUCCCGAUUGGUGAACCCCCCAAAUGGAUUUCUUCCCAACAGGGGUGGUAAGUAUACAUCGAAUGGACAGGGUGGGGAGGAUCAAAACAUUUAUUUUCCUCGUUCAUGGAAGGGGGGAAGACCCAACUGUGCAUUCUCCACCCCUGUGGAGGAUCGGAUGCAUCCUAGUCGAGGAGGGAAGGAGGAAGAAGGAGAUAGAAAGGAAAUGAUCCCCCACGCGUAUGAAGCAGAAUCGACUGUCGACGGGAAAAAUGGUCCUAUUCUUCCAGGUAGCACCAGUGGAAGCACACGGAAUAGGGCGAUUUUCCACCAUCGUGAAAAGGCUGAGGAAGGAGAAAACCGUCCGAAGGGGGAACAAAAUGUGCAUAGAUGCUUUUCGAAGUUAAUUGAGACGAAGGGAGGAAGAGUGCAGCUGCAAAGUGAAAAUGGGAAGAGGCUCACACAAGUGAAUCCCCGUUCCGUUGGCGAGUGGAAGAACCAGUUAGAGGGGAACCACGGAAAGCAUCUCCCCCAGGGGGAUGCAAUAAUCGCGAAAUAUGCACCACAUGGUAGUGGUAAAAGUAACGUGAAAAGGGAGCGACUCCCUGCAAAAAGCCAAAAGGGUGAAAUGGUGAUGGGAUCAACUACAUGCCAAUCGGGGGGCGGACCCGUCUGUAAAGGGAAUGAAAAAGUGGAAGAGGGCAAAAGGAGAAAAAGAGGCAAAAUGGUAGGAAGCGCAAACAGUAUAUGCAUAGGGGGAGAAAAGAACGAAUCGUUCGGGGACACCCACACGAAAGACAAGAAGGAAGAAGAGUCAUCCCCCGUGAAAAGCCUCCUAGUGUUCGACGAAAUUACGAACACAUGGAACAUCCUGUGGAAGUACGGAGGCGUAUCGAUUAUAAAAAGCUACAGCAUAGAUGCCGGCGGUUCUGCAUCUAGGCAUGUAGCUCUGAACGAUCUGCAAAGCAUCAACAACCUGUAUGGUGAAGUAACCACCGGUGUGGACAACGUCACUCCUGAGAAAACGUGGGAUCUCAUGAGAAAUAAGAUUUACAAAAAAUUUGGAGACAAAUACUUUUUUAUAGGAAAAGACGAUGAUCGGAUGAAUGGAAAUAUAAGCGAGAAAAAGAACAAAACGCAAGAGUUGCAAUAUGGUAAAUCAGACGUGAGUAUUGAAUCCAUCGCUGAAUUUGUCUUGAAAAUGCGAAAGAAGCUAAGGGAGGCACAAAACGAUGGGAACCGUGUUAAGUGUGAACAGAUUUGCAGUAUGGGUCAUGAUACAAAAGGAGAAAGUGGGAAAAGUUUCAACGUCGAACGGAAAAGUGUUAUUCCAUUUGGCCAAUCAAGUGAGGAUUCAUCUCUCAAGUGCGAAAAGGAGAGGAAGUUUAGAAAGGGUCGAAGCAAUGAAGGGGGUUCUGGGCAGGAGAAAGAAGGUGCCGUUCAGAUAGGCGAAACGGAAGAGACCCCAACGAGGCAGUCGAAAGGGAAAGAAGGACUGACCUUGAGGAGACCCACAGGGCAAGUGCCAACGGCAAAUGCGGAGGAACGGAGAGAACUGAUGCGAAGAAGACAAGAAAAGAAAUUGAAGGAAGAGCUAGCACGGAAAGAAAGAAAACUACGCAGAGAAGAAGAAAAGGAAAAAAAAAUCCAAAUGAAGGAAGAGAAAAAGAGAAUGAGAGAAGAAAAGAAAAAACUGAAAGAGCAGGAAAAGAUAAAAAUGAGGGAAGAGAAAGUUAACUUAAGAAAGCUAAAAAAGUUGGAAAAGUGGGAAAAUUCAGAAAGGCUGAAGAGGUGGAAAAAAAUGAAAAAGUUAGAAAGGAUGGAAAAGCUAGGCAGAUUAGGGAGGCGGGAAAGGAUAGAGAGGCAGGAAAAGCUGGAAAGGCAGGGAAGGUUAGACAAGUUGGUAAUGAUGGAAAGUUUAGACAGGACGGAAGGACUGAACCCCAAGGGGAAGUCAACCCAGGUUGAUCGGACUGAUCGGGUAGACAGCGUGGAUCCCAUCAUUGAGGAUGGGAGAACCACCAAAGGGAACACCUCUGCAAGCAAGUUGAACUCCUCCCCCGGGAAGGAUGAAGGCAAUAGCCCAGAUCGUUGCAACAAACUGGGGGAGACCAAUUCCACCCCCGAUUUGGUCGCAAGUGUCUUGAAAAUUUCACUACAGGAGGAGGAAAGGAAAAGACUCUUUCUGGAGAAGAAGCAAAAAGUGUUGAAGGUAAUGCGGAAGAAUGUCCUUGUUCAGGGGAAAGUCUACCUGGACGGAGGCUACGGUGAUGAUGCAAGUGGGGGUGAAGGAAGAGAUGAAUGUGAAAAUUUUGGAGAUCACGCUUCGCCGGGGAAUACGGGCAGUUGGGUAGUCUCGUGGGUCCUCUACGGAAGGACGUGCAGGAAGAGGUUCCCAAUUGAAGAUUACGGUUUUGAGGAAGCCAAGCAGAUGGCGGAAAAGUACAAAAGGGACCGAGUGAAUUUUAUCCUAAAUAACGUAUCUGAAUAUGAUACCUACGUUAGGGAAGUUCUGAGCAGCGAUCCGGAAGAAGGCAGCAGGUUGGAUGCAUGCACAUUGGUGGCAUCCCAAGAACAACUACACCAUGAACAGCUGAUUGAGUUUUGCUGCGGGUUGCUGAAAAACCCCGUAAGUGAAGAACACUGGAAAAACAAGGUAAAAUGGAUACAAAAUAAAAAAAGCUGGAAUAUUGAAAUUGUGAAAAAAGAACAGAAUAAAUUUAUCAGAGAAAAAAUCUAUUAUUCAGAAGAAAAGUAUGGCUACAUAAUUGGCAAGUGUAUAGCUGUCUAUGACUACCUGAACGCAGAACACAAACUUCUGAAAAAUUACUUCGACGUGAAUGUAGCCAAUUUACAGUACGAUAGUAAAAGACAUGCUUGGAAAAUUUCUAGAUACGUUCCUAAUCAGCUGAAUAAGAAAAAUUAUUAUUUUGACGUGGGUGUGUAUGGGUGGAUGUAUUCUAGGAAGCUGGGUCUUCUGUUGGCCAUUUAUUUGAAUACAAGGAGACCACUUAAAGGUGAUGAGGAGACGCUAAGUAGGAGCUGCUCUUUUGUGAGGCAUCUUCAGGAGGAUUCCGUGGAGGGGAGCAGAUACCUUUUUCGAGAGAACAGUGUGGGGGAAGAUCACUCUAAAAGGGUGGAAUCUAAUUUUCACGAUGACGUAAUUGAAGGGGCGGAUUUGCCCUCACCCAGUGGGCAACAUAACCCCUGCAAGGAAAAGAGCGUAAGACAUUUUCAUGCAAAUGUAGUUGUGGAGGACAAUGAAGUAGGCAACUCCUUCGAUGGUACGUGCGAAGGGGGGUCACCAACUAGCAGCAUCGUGGUCAACCCCGGGGAGGAAGAAAAAAAGGGGUACUUGAACGCCCCGUGUGGGUCCCCGGACGGAGCUUCGGAAGAUGGUCAUCCUGUGAAGAUGGAUCGGGGGAGCAGGGGGGAGGUCAAACGAGGGCGGAAGCGAAAAAAGAAAACGAACGCCGAAGAGGAGCGAACCAUGAAUUGCGGAACGGAUGAUGAAGGUCCGACAAACAAAAGGAGACACUCCCAGAAUGAAGAAGAAAAAAUGAAAAAUAAAACGACACAAAACGGAAACGACUUGAAAAAGUUGUACGAGACGGUCCACAACAGAAAGUACUGCCAGCUGAAGGAAAUGCACACAUGUGGUGAGAAGGAGCUAUUAAAUUUUCUCUCCAAUGAAAAGGAUAGAGCCUUGUUCCUGAUGGAAGACAUACACAUCCAAGGGGAAGACGAGCACUAUUUGGUGAACAUUUUGGAAAAUUAUUACUACUACAAUUUGUGCCGGAAAAUGCUCAAAGUGAGGAAGAAACUUUCCAUGUGA